CGUUUUUUCCUCCAUUCAGAAGGGGCGUUCAAGGCGCCAGUCUCUGGCGUAAAAUACUGCGUUCUGUUGGGGGUCAACGCCGUUUUUUUCUUUACGGCGUUCUGACUUAUCAAACGGCGAUUUUUACGUCAUUUCUUAAACAGACGGGUUAGAAAAUUGGAGAAUUUUGGCCUAGAUUGUUUGCCAUACUAAUCGCUGCUACUGUGAGUCGUUGGCAGGAUAAAAACAAAUCCACUGGAAGGAAGCGAGCGGGAUGUUUACUUCCCAGCUGCCGAAACUCGACAUAUGUAAUAUGUACUGGGUAGAAAAAAUAUUCAACGAUUUCAUUCGGUCGUAACACAUCAUUUAAUACUCUGACGACAUUACGGCUUGUAUGACGCUUGCCCAGGGAAGAGAGUGGUGCUGUCGUUUAUCAGCUCCAUUUGCAUGUUGGAUGGCUGAUCUAUUAUGCUAGGAACAUGUUCAAAAAUGUUUUCGGCUCAGGGUUUCUGGUGAGAACAUCACAUGUGAUUCUGACAUGGGUCAUAACGUUAAUCCUCUUCCUACAUGAUACAGAGCUGAGGAAGCAGGAGGAGACGGGCCAGCUUGUCCAGCCCGUGCUCUUCGUCCUGCUGGUGCUGUUGUCUGUGCUGCUGUACUUCGCGGUCUCUCUGAUGGACCCGGGUUUCAUCCUGUCUGAUGACACGGACUUGCAGUUCAUGCUGGGAGUGACUGAGGAGCAGCAGGACAUGAUUCCACCUGCCACCAAAUCCCUGCGACAGCGCCGUUGUGGCCACUGUCUGCUUCAGCAGCAGCCAAUGAGAUCAAAGCACUGCCAGACGUGUCAGCACUGCGUCCGGCGUUAUGACCAUCACUGUCCCUGGAUUGAGAACUGCGUUGGUGAGAGGAACCACCGCUGGUUUGUGCUUUACCUGGCCUUCCAGCUGUUAGUGCUUCUGUGGGGCCUGCGCAUUGCCUGGACGGGUUUCACCUACGUACCCAUCUGGCACCAGUGGCUGCGUACAAACGGAGUCCUGACGGCCGUGACCAUGCUGCUAGCGCUGCUCUCGCUCAUCGUACUGUUGCUGCUCGGCUCCCAUCUAUACCUGGUUUCUCUCAACACAACCACGUGGGAGUUCAUGUCGCGCCACCGCAUCUCCUACCUCAAACACUGUGGUGCAGAUGAGAACCCCUUUGACCGCGGGACAUUCCAAAACCUUUGGGGUUUCUUCUGUGUCUGGGGCACAGUGGUGUGGGAGCAUGUGUACUUCAAGGAGGGCAGCGAUCAGGUUUAGGUACAUUUCAGUGAUGAACAGCCUCUCUGGAUCUGGGAUUACACACCAAAUAGGAGGAUAAACUGUGCUUGUGAGCAGUUCCCUUUAUAUAGGCAUUUGUGUUGUUGUGCCAUAACUGUGGAGCGUUUCCCUCCUCCUCAUCCUCUCAGUGGUUCUUUAUUGCAAUUGAUUACCUGCAUUUCCUGUUUUUACCUCAAUGCAGUCGUAGUGAAAACUGUGGGAGCUUUCAUAUAGUCAGUUUUGGUUAGAAAGUUUUCUAAUGAGUAAAGUGAUACAGGUGUAGCUGCAUGACAGCUAUAAUAAAAGCAUUUCAAAUUCUGGUCUAAAGACCUUAUGGUCAAGGUCUGCAUCAAGAGAAAUAAGAGCUAUAAUAAUUGACUUAAUUAUAAUGCACAGUUCACAUUUGGAAUGUUUGUUGUUCUAAUGCAGCCUUUAGGAUUAUCAUGGAAUUAAUUUUUACUUUAGGUCAGCUAGAAUAAGUGGAAGGAAAAUGAUUUAUUUCAUUUUACGGGCUAUGGGGCAGGGCGAAUUAGCAUGAUACCCUAAUGAUCAUGAUCUAAUAAUAGUGCACUAAUUUAAUGAAAUUUAAAGAUGCAGCCGAUUCAUUUCAAUAAUAAUCAAUAUGCUGCCAAGAGCAGAACAAAUUAGCAGCUCAAAAACAGCAGAACCGGUGAGAAACCCAACGAGGAUUGUGCGAACCAACGCAGGUCUUAGAAAUAGAAACUGCUGGAGAAUGUGAGGUUCAAAGGUCUGAGACACAGCUGGAGCUCAGGAUUUAUCCAGCAUUUUUCAAACAGCUGUAUGACCUGUAAGAUGUGUAAAAGGUAAACAAGAGCAUCAGAUCCUGAGCCUUGCACAUGUUCAUGAAAAUACAGCUACUAUGCCUACAUGCUUAUGAGCAUUGCUCAUUGUUGGUCUGUGCAGACUCCAGAGGAAGGACAGUUCAGUCAAGUUCCUCUGUUUCAGUAUUAUUGAGCAGAACACUCAGGGACAGGACUUUUUUUGUGACCUACAUGAAACAUCACAGUAAGAACAUGCUAAUAAAGUGGGCAUUUUGCCGUCCAUCGUUUCGAUGCUGUAAUUUCAACACAGUAGACAUUGAGUCGGUUAGAAUCUCAGCACACAGGCUUCUUUUCCCAAGUCCUUAAACAUUUUGACCUCGAUGGAGAACAUCACCAGGUCGGGAACAGGAAAUAGGAGUCAUUUUUAGGACAAUUUGAACAUACUGUGUGUUUCCAGAAUGAGGCUGCUGCUCUUAAUAACUGGUAAUCAGCACUGCGGCCUUCCUCCUUAUUGUUUACACAUCAAGUUCAUAAUUUCCUUCAAAACAAGCAACUCUGUACAUUGUCUUCAGGCAUUUUACACACCCAAGUGAAUCCGGUUAAGCUAGGACUUUACUCACCCAAAUACCCUCAGUCCUGCCUCUUCCACAAAAUCAUUUAAGUAACAAGUGAUAAUGUUUGUUGACAAUAACCUGACUGUUCACCCUCAAUUCACAUCAAUCAUUACAUUCAAAAUUUGAGUAACAAUACAGAUCUAUAGCUGGCAUGGUUUCUUGAUUCACUCACAGGAUUUACUUUAGUGUAGUGGGUUCCAUUUUCUUGUAGUCUCGUGUGAUGAAUACUUUGCCUGUUUUACAGGAUUCACCUUCUCCAGCAGCUUUUGUCACUGUUAGUCCAAGUGAGUGUGUUUGAAAUAUGAACUGUAUUGUUCCUGGCAAUUAUUCCAUACAUGUACACGAUAUUUAGACCUGUUACAGCGUCUCAAGUUGUUUAAAAUUGUACAUAUUUUUUAAACUAUUUUGGAGCAGAAAAUGUCUUUAGAUUUUUGUAAAACUAUUUUAACAGGGACUUGAAUGAUACAGUGGAACACUGGUUAUUAGCUAAAAGGUUUGAGUGCAAUAUGUUUCCAUUUAAGCUUUUCCUUGUGCAAUAGUAACCUUGUAAGACAGCAAUAAAUGUUUGUGUUUAAUCCAGUGCAAAAUGCUGAGUCCUUCUGCUUGGACGGAGCCAUUAUCAGUAAGAUCUCUGCUUUUUUUACAAAUUAACAUUUACAGUCUGUGGUGUAGUUCUCAAUUAUAUACAAUAUUGUCAUGCAGCGUUUUUUUUUUUUAAAUACUGUAAAUACUGGAAGUACUAUAAAACUCAAUAAAUG